CGAAGAAGUAAAACUGACUCAUACGUAAAACCGAGGAGAAAAGGAAAUAUACAUAGUCGAAGGGCUUAAAGCAGUAAGGACGAUCAAGUUCUCUCUAGGGUACCUGGAAGAGAGGUAAAACUGUAAAGGGAGUCAAGGGACGAGAUCACGAGACGGGUCGGCGAUACGAGUGAUAGAGUUUCUGUGAAGGGCCGGUCGAAGGGCGAGUCCUUCAAUCUGUUCUGCUCUACUCGAGAAUCCUUCUUCGUCUGGUAUACAGAGGCGAAAGGGAUGGCCGAUGGGCAGAACAAUACCUCUUACCCGCUUCACGAAUCCGUUUUUAAUGGCUACGUCAAAAAGCUCUCUGGGCUUCUGAGGACCAACAAUGUCGAGAAAAAGGACAAACACGGAAAUACUGCUCUUCAUUUGGCUGUGAUGCUUGGACGUAAAGAAUGUGUUCAACUUUUGCUUGCUCACAAUGCUCCGGUCCGUGUUAAAAAUCUAGCUGGAUGGAGUCCUUUGGCAGAAGCGAUCAGCUAUGGUGACAGACAAACAAUUGUGUCAUUAGUUAGAAAAUUGAAAUCACAAAGACGGGAACAUAUAGAAAAGAGACGACCUAGCUUAGUGGAAGCUUUAAAACAGAUGGGUGAUUUUUAUAUGGAACUCAAAUGGGAUUUUACUAGUUGGGUGCCAUUAGUGUCCAGAGUUCUUCCUUCUGACAUAUGCAAAAUUCACAAAAAAGGGUCUUGCAUACGCCUGGAUUCAACCUUGGUCGAUUUUAACGAUAUGAGAUGGGAAAGAGGUGAUGUCAGCUUUCUAUUCAUCGGCCAUGUGAAACCAUCAGAAGCUCUUACCAUUUUAGAUAAUAAGGAAGGACUAUAUCAAAGAGUACGGUAUGAGGAAACAGAGACGGAGAUUGAGGAUGAAGUAGAUAUUUUAAUGAGCAGUGAUAUAAUGGCUGCUCAGAUGUCAACAAAAUCAAUUACUUUUACGAAAGCACAAUCUGGUUGGUUCUUCCGUGAAGAUAGAAAGGAAACAGUUGGAACUUUUGAAGCAGAUGUGUAUGAUGUGAAUGGAAUGGUGCUUGAAUCCCGCAAAAGGAGGGAACAUCUGUCUGAAGAGGAUCUUCAAAAAAACAAAGCGAUUAUGGAAAAACUGACUAAAGGCAACACCCCAAUUAUCGACUGCAAUGGGGAAGUCUUAGGGCGUAGAAGUUCUCUAACACCUCCUGCCAACCCCAGGGUAAGUUGGGAGGAGUAUAUCAACAGUGAACCAGGUGAAUAUCCAACACUCGGAAGGAAACUUGUUCACAAAGAGACCACCAAAGCCUUUAGAGCUACAGUAGCAAUGAGUCCUAACUUUCCAUUGUCGGUGAGCAUGCUGUUAGAUGUAUUGGAAGUAAUAGGGCCUUUUAAACAUUUUAACAAAUUAAGGGAGUUCAUCCAGAUCAAACUGCCACCUGGUUUUCCAGUGAAAAUAGAAAUACCUAUAUUACCCACUGUCACUGCAAAAAUAACAUUCCAAGAUUUUGAAUUUAAGGAUGAAAUCGACUCUAAGAUAUUUGAGAUCCCUCCGUAUUAUGUAGAAGAUCAAAACAGGUUUCCAGACAUAUGACCUGCACAGAGCGUCUGGUUAACAGAAUCAGGGAUCGAGUUUGAACUUUCUCCAAUGUACACCUGCCUUAUAGUUAUACAAGAAUGAGUGUUUAUUAUUAUCGGAAAUGUACUUUUUAUUUUUUAUGGAGGAAACAGUCUCAAAUUUGCCCCCAUCCUUCCAUUCGAAAACCGGUGUGACAAAAAAUAUAUAGAAAUCAAAUUGUGGACUUUUUAAAUAGGCGUUUAAACAAGUUGAAUUUCUAACAAUAUGUGUUUGUGUGUGGGCUUUGUGUAAAUUUAUGUACAGGGUACGAAUAAUUUCAUAAGAUCUUGUAAAUCACAUCUGGUAUGAACAUUAAUCUUCAAACUUACUUUCAGAUUCUCGCUGAACUAAGUAGGAAACAUUAAUGUUACCCAAUACACUUAUCAAAGGAGGAUAAAAAUACUUGAAGAAAUGAAAUAAUAUUCAUAAAAGUAGGUGUUAAUUUUGGGAUUAUUUAUAUUUUCUUCUUCUUUUAUUUAUUAUUAGUUUUUAAAAGCACUUGUGAUUUUAUUGUCCAAUAAUAAAAAAUAAAUGAUGUCGAGUCUCUUGAUAGAAAGCAUUCAGCAAAAUUUUCUUUAAAAGAAUAAUUUUUGUAUUAAAUUAUUUGAAAAUGUAAUACCUUUAUGUGUUUGUUUUUAACAAUAAAAAAAAAGCAAAAUGAUACUGGAAAUGUUAGUUGUCUUGUGAUGUUGAAAAUGGUCUUGUAUUAAGAUUUAUUUCAAAAAGUUAAAUUAAUACAUAAUUAUACAAAAAUAUAUAUCAAACAUUGCAAUCAAAUCAUUAUUACAUAUGUAAUUAGAUUAUUCGUGAAUGUUCCCCAGUUAUAUCGUCAAAAUAUAAGGCAGAGUUUUUAUUAGUAAAAGGGCAGUUAGCCGACUAGCUCAAGAUUAAUCCCGCCCUUUUUUUGUCUAGUCAUGUCAAAACUACAUUUUUGAUCAAUAUUAAUCUAUUAUUUUUAGUACUGGGUGCAUUGUGGUCAAUUUUUUAUUGUACUGGGAUAUUGCAAAUUGUCAAAAAUAAAAGUGGCAUUUCUUCGAAAGUUGAAAACUUAAGAUGCUGAGUUGUGGAAAUUAAUUAUCGGUGUUUUUUCAUUUAGAUGUCCUUGUCCAUUUGAAUGA